GUGGGCGAAAAUAUUAAGCCCUUUUGUCGCCGUCCAGAGCACACGAGAGAGAGGAGGAGAUAGGCACGCCGGAUCUCUAGAAGCCUCCUCCUCCUCCUCUCUCUGUCGCUUCCGUUCCCUUCCUUUUCACUCGGAUCGUUCUCGGAUCUGUCAUGGCGGCGGCGUCGCGACGUUUGCGCGAUCUACAGGCGCGGCCGGGGAACAAGACUUGCGUCGACUGCGCGCAGAAGAACCCGCAGUGGGCAUCGGUGUCCUACGGCGUAUUUAUGUGCCUCGAGUGCUCCGGGAAGCACCGCGGCCUCGGCGUCCACAUCAGCUUCGUCCGCUCCGUCACCAUGGACUCGUGGUCCGAGAUCCAGCUGAAGAAGAUGGAGGCCGGCGGGAAUGAUCGCCUCAACGCCUUUCUCGCCGGCUACGGAGUCGACAAGGAAACUGACAUCGUGGCCAAGUACAACACCCGUGCCGCCUCCGUGUACCGCGACCGGAUCCAGGCUCUCGCCGAGAGCAGACCCUGGCAGGACCCUCCGGUCGUCAAGGAAGCCCUCAAUUCCGUUGGCAAAAGUCCGCCCUUGGGCCUGAAUGGUGGGAAUAACAAGAAGUUGUCGAGCAACGGCGGGUGGGAUAGCUGGGAUGAAGACGGUUUCCACUCAGACGCGACAAGGAACCAGUCGGCAGGUGCUAUUAGGGCUGGGACUGGCGGAGGAUUUGGGGGGUCGAAGCUAACUGCCAUAUCCAUAUCGACGGAGGAGAAAUACACUAGGUCGCAGAUGGAGGCAUCGGCAGCUAACAAGGAAAGUUUCUUUACGAGGAAGAUGGAGGAAAAUGAAUCUCGACCUGAAGGAAUUCCACCAUCACAAGGGGGGAAGUAUGUGGGAUUCGGGUCAGCACCUCCGCCUCAGAGGAACAAUCCCCAAAGUGAUGUGUUGCGGGACACAGUUUCCGUCGUCUCUCAGGGUUUUGGCCGACUAUCCUUAGUUGCAAGCUCCGCUGCACAGUCUGCUGCUAAUGUUGUUCAAGCAGGAACAAAGGAGCUGUCAUCUAAGAUGAAAGAGUCAGGGUACGAUCAGAAAGUCACUGAAACAGUUGGUGUGGUAACUGCAAAAACCACUGAACUCGGGCAGAAGACUUGGGGAAUCAUGAGAGGCGUCAUGGCAAUCGCGUCGCAGAAAGUCGAGGAAUACACCAAAGAAGGUAUCGACUGGAAGAUGGACAAUUGGCCUCCCCGCGACGAGAACCCCAGCAACAACAGCUACUAUGAAAAAUUUGUGCAGGAAAAUUCAAACAAACACUACAACUCCGUCAGCUCCUGGGACGACUGGGACGAUAAGGAGGUCAAAGACGAGCCGAGGAAUGGAAAGCAAAGCAUCGAAGGCUGGGCAGCUUGGGACAAUGAAGCAAAGAAUGACGACGAAUAUGGCAAUUACAAGUACAAUUACAGUUCAUCAAACAAGGCUUCCCAGCAAAAUGGGCACUCUGUUUCGCAGUGGUCAGGAGGUGGAUUUAUCUGAGAUCGUAUCAAAAUCUUUUCUUCAUCUCAUUUACGAUACAUUUGGUGGAAACACUUAAAUUUCAUAGCGUCCGAAAUUGUGGGGUUUUCUUAUGAUGAACUGCAUCUGCAUUUUGUAAUCUUUGCUCUUUCCUCUUUGUUUUAAAAUUAUUAUAAAAUUGAUGUGUUAUUGUUUCUUUCCUA